AUGAAACUAGCUUAGUUAGGAAGAGGUCAUUGGAUGGGAUCAAAGAAUUGCUGGUUCGGCAUGGAAAAAUAUUUGAACAUAUUGUGGACAGAUAAUGUGUUUAUUUGCAAUUGCGGCGUAAUUUUAGGCUGGAAUGCAUUACAAAGUGCGGCGGCUCAAGCUGCAGAAACAGACUCAGGAGGUGAUUAUAAUGUGGGAUUAAUCGUUGGAAUUGUUGGUGCUGUUGUUGUUUUAUUAGUGUUGCUCGGCGUCAUGGGUGUGCUUAUCUAUAAUCACAUAACGAAAGAUAUAGAGACACCUCCAGGCCAGUCUACUGCAGGCUGCAGCUGGCGGUGCAUCUAGCUAAACUAGAGCGCUUCCUCAUCUCCACGGCCGCCGGCCUUCUUCAUUCUCAUUUACUUUCACACCGGUACCACAAUAUCUGUGUCUUUUAUCUCAACAUAUCUCGAUCACAUCGAGUCUCAUUUUCAUAUAUAACUUCUUUUUUGUUUGAUUCAAAUUAUAUACUUCGUAUAUCUAUGUAUACAUGCGCACAAUGCUUAGAUUUAUGGAGUACCAAGCACGAAC